AUGCAGGAAGCGAUUCGUGUUUUUGAGCAAAGUGCAAGACAGGCUGGUAGUUCAUUAGAUGAAAUUGAAGAACGAGCUAGUUCUGAGUUUCCUGGAGCUACACAGAUCCUUGAUCUUUGCAGAAGAUUAAGAGAAGCAAAAUUCAGAUAUCAAAUUCUCUGUGAAAACAUUCAAAAAAUACAGGAAGCUAACGAAAACCUACAGAAAUGUAUUAAUGAAGAUUUAAUAGUCACUGCAAAACUUGUGAAAUCUGCUUGCGCACAAGAAGGUGUUCAAGUUCCAUCUAUUAUCCCUGAUCAAGUAACAAAGCAAGUAGCAACUAAGACAACAACUGCAGCUCCUGCUGCCAAUACAACACAAAAUUCCCAGACAACAACUAAUUCAACAACAACUACUAAAUCUAAACUUCCACAUCCAAAAACAAGAUCUCGAGCCAAAGCAGAGCCGCCUAAACCAGAACAUGAAUAUGUUGAAAUUACAGAUGAAGAAUUUAAUUCGAUUCCAGACUUCUUCAAGCGAAACAUUAAAGUUGAUGAAAUUAGACAGCUUCAUCAAUACAUUUUCAACUUCUUCUAUGGCAAUGGCAGAGUUGAAGAGACAAUGUCUCGUAAAGAUUUACAAAACAUUGAAGUCGGAUCUAUUAAACGCAAGAUUGAAUCAUUAUUGAGAUGCUUGAAGUCACUUAAGAGGAUUCAAACCGACAAAUCAAAUAAUAUUACACAAUGUUUAUAA